CCCACCCUUCGCAUGUCUAAUGGUCACUAAGGCCCAUGUCAGUGGGCUUUCCUGCCAGGCAAAUUAUAUGGGUCGAGAUUAAGAGCCAUCUAGUCCCUCGCGUGGAAGGGAGUCCAGUUGCGUCCAGUGGGUUUUACUCGCAAGGGAAUGUUUGUCGAAGGGGAGCCUUGCUGGAAAAAGCUGCGAGGGAAAGGAGAAAGUAAUAGGACGAGAGGAGGACCUCAUAUGAGAUGGGAUAACAUCACGUGUAUAAGAGAGAAGCUGGCCAGAAGUUCUGUGAGAAUUUCCCAUAACUUGCAUAGUUUAAGACGAUGGAAGUACUUCCAGAACUCUAUGACAUUUUCCGAGGAGAGGUUGCUUCUGUGACAGAGUAUGGAGCAUUUAUAAAAAUUCCAGGAACAAGGAAACAAGGCCUUGUGCACAAAAGUCACAUGUCAAACUGCCAGGUGGAUAAACCUUCAGAGAUGGUGGAUGUUGGAGAAAAAGUAUGGGUGAAGCUCAUAGGAAAAGAGAAGAAAGAUGACAAGCUGAAAUUGUCUCUUUCCAUGAAGGUUGUUAAUCAAGGAACUGGAAAGGAUCUUGACCCCAACAAUGUUGCUCUUGAUCAAGAUAUGCGGAAGAAGCGUUCAUUUAAAGACUAUACAAGCCAGAAGAUCACUCUGGAAGCUGUCCUGAACACUGUUUGCAAAAAGUGUGGUUGCCCAGGUCAUUUUGCAAAAGACUGCUUCAUGCAGCCAGGAGGGACCAAAUACACCCUUAUUCCAGACGAUGAUGAAAUUCUCCCAGAUGAUGAAAAGAAGGAACGUUUGUCAGAGGAUUCUGUAAAAAAGAGAAAAAAGGAAAAGAAGAAGAAAAAGAAACACAAGAGCAAAAACCCUUCUUAUCUGCAGGAUUCUGACAGCAGUGAUUCAGACAGAGGUGGUCAGCCAGCCAGAAAGAAGGCAAAGCAGACUGAAAAGCCCAGUGUGUCUCAGAAGAAAAAGAAGAAGAAGCACCAUAAGAAAAAGCACAAGGAAUAAGAAGCAGAUAAUGGGCAAUGGGCCCUGCUGACAUGGCAAGCACUUCUUGCCACUCCAGUAUCAAUUGGUGAAAAGAGCAGCUGAGCCAGAGCAGCUUGCGUUCAGACAAAGGACUUUUAUUCCUGAAAAGAGGCAUUGUUUCCUGCAAAUUUUCAUAAGGAAUGCCAUUUUUCUCUCGAAAAAUAAGAGAGCCAGCUGAAGUUGAGUGCUCCUUGCUCCAGAUGUGGCUUUCACUCAUGUGAAAAUCCUCUAUUUCCAUAGUUCCAUUUCUUCUGGGCAAGGUGCCAGUACUGCAGCCCGUUCCCUGGGAAUAAUCCUGAGCCAUCUGCCAGAAUUGUGCUCAACACUGGCCGUCCUCAUGCUGUUGAUGGCAGCUCUGUGUUGAUUCAGUAUCUGCCAAUUAUUCUUCACACACCAGCAGAAGGAGUGGUAGGCACGUUUUCUCAGCUGAUGUGGCAUGAUUGGCACAAAGCAGAUCACCCCACUGCCUUUUGUUGUUCAGUUUGUGUGAGGCCCUGAAAGGAAAAAUUCAUAGUGGCAGCCCUGCCAGUGAACGUUGGCCACUUGGCUAAUGAAAGCUAUGAAAUAAAGCUCCCUCCAAACCGCU